AUGCCUGCUACCGACCCUGUAAGGAGCAUUGACGCUGCAUGUUCUUCUCGCGGGCUUGUGACAGUCAUCGGCAUGGUGGUUUCCAAGCUAGACGCCUACCGCACCUCUGGCUCUUCAUAUUGUAUCACUUUUGAACUCAAAGAUUAUGAUUUCGAUGGCCCCGACUGGGCAAAUAGUCUGAAAAUCAAGUAUUUCAACGACAACGAAAGCAAGCUGCCCCCCGUUCUGAAACACGAUGUAGUCCUUCUUCGGAACAUUCGAGUCGGUGAAUAUAAAGGCAAAGUUACCGGCGCUGCCUAUCAAGGCCAAAAGGUCCCAUGGGCUAUAUUCAGACACGAAGAAGAUUCCACCAAGAGCCCAUCUAUCACUACCGGGCCUGACCCUUUCUCUCCGACAGCAGCAGAAAAAAGGAUUGCACUCGCGCUUCUAGACAAGUAUACACAGGAGGUGCAAAAUAACACCUGGCGAACCGGUCCACCAGGCCAAAACCAAGUGGUCCAGGCUAUUCCAUCUGCAAAAAAGAAAUCAGGUCUUCCUAUGACCCUGAUAAAAGAUCUUGAGGCCAAUUGCUACGUCCAAAUCGUCGGCCAGGUAGUAAAAGACCACAAUUAUGAGAGCGACAAAAGUACCAUUUGGAUUACUGACUACACCGUCAAUGAAUCUCUGGUUGAUUACAAGAAGGACGACGACGAGACAGGGACCGAUGGCGACAAAUUCGGCUACUUAACUCGCAAGGAGGAUGGAUGGCCUGGUCCAUGGGGAAAAUUGACUAUGCAAGUCACGCUGUGGGAUCCGCAUGCCGCUUAUUCCCGGAAUAAUGUCAAGCCAGGUGACCUCGUGCUCCUUGGAUCUGUUCGCCCCAAAUACAGCAACCACGGUAACCUUGAAGGAGUCGUCCAUGAAGACAAGAAAUUUCCAGAAAAGGUUCAUCUGCGCACUAUUUCGAGUGACUACAGCGAAGAAGCACAAGAGCUCAUGAAGCGUCGAAAAGCAUAUUGGGAGAUCCAUGGAGAGCCCAAAACCGAGAACAAACAGUCCAAAAAACAAAAGAAGAAAGCAACAGAGAAAGAGAAAAGCAGGGAAGAGGGCCAAACGGUAAUAUCAGCAACGUUGUCCCGGGCGAAGCGAAACCCUAAUGUGAAGACACGCGAAUUCGGAAUUCCAGUGCGCUCCGUGGAUUCGAUCCUAUCAGCCGAAACCCACAUCAUCUCUCUCCCGGGUGGUAUUAGCUACAAAUUACCAUUUCAAAACGUUGCCUACAAUAUCAUCGCUCGAGUCGUCGACUUCUUCCCCCCAGAUCUGGCAGAUUUCGCAGUGCAAGUCCGAACAAAAACCAUUGCACACCAAAGCCAAGAACACAGGACAUGGGAGUGGCGUUUUUAUCUUCUGGUGGAAGGCAUUGAACCAGUGAUCUUAAAGGAUCAACCGCGAGAACAAAUGAAGAUCUUCGUCUCCGGUGCAGAAGCUGAACAUCUGCUUUGCCUGGAUCCUACUGAUCUUCGCCAAAAUCCAAGUAAUCUUAAUGAGCUGAGGGAAAAACUAUUCCUCCUAUGGGGCAAUCUUGAAGAGAAGAAACGAGAAGGAGCUGUGAAUAUGGUUCAGGGUCAAGCUUGGACACCACCAGCGGGGAUUUCAGGCGUACCGAUGCAGUGUUGUAUUAAGGAAUAUGGGGUCACAUGCGUCCAUUCCCGAGACCCAGAUGCUAUGCAGGUUGACGGAGAGCCGUGUGGUGUUCAGGAAGGGUGUUUUGGAUGGGAGAGACGGUUUUCUUUGUAUGGUACGACUAUUCAUGAAUAA